AAUAUGAACAAAAGGUACUUAGAAAUAAAUAUACUUCCUUGAUGGGAAAUUGGAUUUAACGAUCGAUCUUUCUAAAUCAAUUGACUGCUGUAGCGUAUCAGGGCUUUAAAUAUACCCGAUAUUCAGAUCAAUACGUUGAACGCAAUCAAGUUUUGAAAACAGAAACUUGACUCGGUCGAUUUUCCUACUUUUGGACUUCAGAACCAUAAUGAAACAGGUGACUCCCAAAAAUGACGGUUAAAGAUCGUAUUAAAAAUGCUAUCAGGGCGAUCGGUGACGCACCCAGAGGACUGACUUGGUCAUUUUGCUUUCUUAUGUUUAUUUAUGGAUUUUUCUUGGCUGGAUUUUGUUCCGAUUACUGGCUGGAAUCGUCUAUAGUGUUGUCUGGGUAUGACUAUCGAACACAAGGACUGUGGAAAUUCUGCUAUGGAGCACUAGGAGCGACUUGUUGCGGAUACAUAAACGAAGUUAUGUAUGUUGAACCUUUCCUCAACGCUACCAGAGCAUUCCUUGUUAUCAGCAUUAUUCCACAAGUUACAUGUCUUAUUGCAAUUUGUGUAGGAAUAUUUAAGAAAUCUUAUUCAUCGUCAAAAUCUUUCGGGGGAUUUGCUGCAGCGUUUGCAGCCUUCUUCAUCACUCUCGCUAUCAUUAUCUAUGGUGCUGCGUCACAAGAUGAAGAUUCCACGAGUAUAUACAGUCUGUCUUGGUCCUACGCUCUGUGCGUGGUCAGUGGAUUGGCCUAUAUACCUUUCUGUUGCUUUAUUUGUCGUACAGAUGACUAUCCAGAAACUCCUACCAUGUAGAUGUAUUUGUUAUAUGCAUUUAAAAAUGCGUGUUUCCGUUUUGUUUUAUUUAUAUAUGCUUUUUUGAACAACUGUUCCUCAAUAAAUUUUAUAAUGUAUUAAAA